AUGUGUGAGAUGAUCGGGAAAUAUGGACUUGGCUAUAGACCUCCAUCUUAUCAUGAUGUUAGAGAAAAGCUAUUGAAACAAGCAGUGCAAAAAACUGAUGAUAGUUUGCAAGAGUUUAGGGAUGAGUGGAAGAGAAUUGGUUGUUCAAUAAUGUCUGAUGGGUGGACAGAUAAAAAAAGGCGUUCAAUUUGUAAUUUUUUGGUGAACAGCUCAAAAGGAACAAUAUUUCUAUAUUCCUUAGACACUUCUGACAUCUCAAAAACAACUGACAAAGUUUUUAAGAUGUUAGAUGAUGUUGUCAAAUUUGUUGGAGAAGAGAAUGUAGUUCAAGUGAUUACUGAUAAUGUUGCGAAUUUCAAAGCAGCAGGAGAAUUGUUGAUGCAUACUCGGCCACAUUUGUAUUGGACUCCAUGUGCUGCCCGUUGCAUUGAUCUGAUACUUGAGGACUUGGAGAAACAUUUGAAGGUUCAUGAAGUUACUAUAAAGAAGGGAAGAAAGAUAACAACUUAUAUAUAUGGUAGAACAAUGCUUAUUAGCAUGCUAGAGAAGUACACAAAUGGUAGGGACUUGGUUAGACCAGGUAUGACUAGAUUUGCAACUGCUUACUUGACUUUAGCUUGUCUCCAUGAAAUGAAAGCAUCUUUGAUGAGGUUGUUCAGUUCUGAGGAGUGGAAAAAAAGUAAGUUUGGAACUUCACAGGAGGGGAGAAAAGUAGAAGAUUCAGUUUUGGAUAAUAGAUUUUGGAAGAAUGUAUCCAUAUGCCUCAAAGCUGCUGCCCCUCUUAUGGUAGUCCUUCGAUUGGUGGAUUCUGAUCAACAACCUACCAUGGGUUUCAUAUAUGUUGAGAUGGAUCGUGCAAAGGAAAGGAUUAAAAGUAACUUCAAUAAUGUGAAGAAAAAUUAUGAACCUGUUUGGGAAAUUAUUGAUAAGAGGUGGGAGAACCAACUUUAUAGGCCUUUGCAUGCAGCUGCAUAUUAUCUUAAUCCUCAAUUGCAUUUUGAAGAUGAUUUUAAAAAAGAUAAUGGAGAAGUGAAAGAAGGAUUGUUUAUUUGUAUGAUGAGAUUGGUAAAGGAUGUUGGGGUAAGGAACAAAAUUAAUAGGCAGCUUCUUGAAUUUCAUUUUGCCAUAGGUCUUUUUUCUAUGGAGAAUGCAAUAAACUCUAGGAAGACUAUGCCACCUGCAGAAUGGUGGGAAAUGUUCAGGGAUGGAUGUCCAAAAUUAAAGUGGUUUGCUAUUCGUGUUUUGAGCUUAACUUGCAGUUCUUUUGGAUGUGAGCGUAAUUGGAGCUCAUUUGAAAUGGUUCAUACAAAAAGGAGAAAUUGUUUGCAUCAAAAGAAAAUGAAUGACUUAGUUUAUGUCAUGUACAACUUGAAGCUCAAAAGUAGACAAACAAGAAAAACGGUUGCUCUUCCAUUUGAAGAUAUGGAAUCUGAUGAUGAGUGGAUAACAGAAGAGGGAGAUGAUAUAUUUGAUGAAGACAAUCUCCAAGUUGAGCAAGAGCAACCUUUAGGGGAAAGUGGUAGCGAAAGUAAUGUUGAUUUGGUUGGGGGAAGUUUAACUGAUCCAACUUUGGAUGCAUUUGAUAUUGACAAUUUGGUAUUGAAUGACAAUGUUGAAGAUCAUUUCUCAACUGAGGAAGAGCUUGAAGAUGAUGGUGGUGGUGGUGAUAUUGGAGAUGAUUUUAUUAGAGGAUUGAUGGACAUUUGA